AUGUAUGCUGUGACUAUUAGUGAUGAGGGUGACUGUUACCGGUGUUUCCCGUCCGACCUGGGCAUUGGUGAGGCUGGUACUGGUGAGGCUGCUGCUCUAGGUGCCAGUGCGUCCGCGCCCUCAGGUGCUGGUGAGUCUGCGCUCUCACGUACCACGUCGGCUUCGGCCUCCCUCACCUUCACACUUGACUCAGGGGAUUCUCGCUCCUUCUUUCGAGACCGCACCACACUCACGCCGCUUGGUCGGCCAGUUGCAGUCUCCCUGGCAGACCCCUCUGGGGGUCUUGUCCUCUCUCACUUCUCCACUGUCCUCCCGUGUCCGGCUGCCCCCUCUGGCACCUUGUCUGGUCUUUACCUCCCCUCGUUCUCUACGAACUUGGUGAGUGGUGCUGACCUGCAGGAUGCGGGGGUUCACCAGUUCACUCCUGCGAGUCAGCGGGUGACCCACUGCACGGACGCUCGCACAGGCCGACACCUGGCCACGUUUACACGUCGGCCGGGGUCGAGCCUAUACACACUGACCACUGCGUCUCCUCCAGUCACUGCGUCUGGUCAGGUAGCUGCGUCGGGUCAGGUGUUUACUGCAGCGUCCAGGUCUGGUCCUGAGUCUGCCCCCUGCUCGUGUCGCCUCCUGUCUGGCACCACCGUCUUGGUCACCCCUCCCUGCCUCGUCUCCGAGGCAUGGCUUCCCGUGUCCUUGUCUCUGGGGCGGCUCCGGGCUGCCCCUCAGUCCUCUCAGUUUCCCCCGACAGAGGCCCUGCUGCAGACGCUUCACAUGGACGUGUGGGGCCCGGCCCGCGUCCGUGGACAGGGUCACGAGCGCUACUUCCUACUGGUGGUUGACGACUACUCGCGUUACACCACAGUCUUCCCCUUGCGCAGCAAAGGUGAUGUCGCUGAGGUGUUGAUUGACUGGAUCCACGCAGCUCGUCUCCAGCUCAGGAGGAGCUUCGGCUCGGACUUUCCUGUUCUGCGUCUGCACUCUGACCAAGGCGGAGAGUUCUCCUCUGGCCUUCUGCGAGCCUACUGUCGUGCGCGAGGCAUCCGCCUGACCUUUACGCUUCUGGACUCUCCACAGCAAAAUGGGAUUGCUGAGCGCCGCAUUGGCAUGGUCAUGGACGUUGCCCGUACGUCCAUGAUGCAUGCGGCUGCCCCCCAUUUUCUGUGGUCGUUUGCGGUUCGGUACGCGGCGCAUCAGAUCAACCUUCACCCCAGGGUCUCUAGGUCGGAGACCUCCCCAGCCUUGCUGUGGACGGGGAAGGUCGGCAAUGCGUCUGCGUUCCGUAUCUGGGGAUCUCGGGCGUUUGGCCGCGACUUAUCUGCGGACAAGCUGUCCCCUCGUGCUGCUCCCUGUGUCUUCCUUGGCUUCCCCCCUGACGCCCUUGGGUGGCAUUUCUACCACCCCACCUCUCGUCGUGUUCUGUCCUCCCAACACGUCAUGUUCGACGAAUCAGUACCCUACUACCGCCUCUUCCCCUACCGCACUCCUUCCCUCCCCCCACCACCGCACUUCCUUGUGCCAGGUCCCCCCCCGGUAGACCCCCUCCCCCCUCAGGGUCGUGCCCCUUCAGGUGUGUCCCAGGUAGAUGCCGUCGAGCCGGUCGAGGUUGCUGGUGACUCUGGUACUGCUGCGGGUGCUGAGCCUGGGGGUGCUGUCUCUAGGGGUGCUGCGACUGGGGGUGCAGCGACUGGGGGUGCUGAGCCUGGGGGUGCUACGACUGGGGGUGCUGAGCCUGGGGGUGCUUUGACUGGGGGUGCUGAGCCUGAGGGUCCUUCGCCUGGGGGUGCUGAGUCUGGAGCUCCUGAGCCUGGGGGUGCGGAGCCCACGGCCGCUGGACCUGCUCGUGUGGCGUCUGGCGGUGCUGGGCCUGGUGGUUCUCCGGGUGCUUCGUCUCGGCGGGAGCCACUCUCUCCACAGGAGCUGCGCGAGUGGUUUGCCCGGCGCUGGAGGCGUACUACUGGAGUUGGUGCUUCUUCGGCUUCUGAGGGUGCUGGUGCCGCCGGUCUCGGAGGUGCUAGUCCUGCCAGUGCUACUGGAGUUGGAGCUGCUGAGGGUGUUGGUGCUGAGGCUACUGCUGUCAGUCCUGGCGGCGGUCGUGCUGCGGGUGCUGCUGGUGCUGCUGUAGGGUCCUGGAGCUGGAGUUCGCGUCAGCGACCUCCUCCUGUCCCUGGCACGCACCGGAUGUCUCUGCGUCCGUCCACUGCUCCUCUGUGUGCCCCUUUGCCUUCUUCUCCUGAGUCCUCUCUUCCUGCACUUGCCGACCUGGAGUCGGACUCUCUUCGUGCUACGAGUCCUACUGUCACGCGUCUCCUUGCUACUUUCGUCACUGACCCCUUCUUUGAGUCCACUGCUACGUCUGCUCUUGUUGCUGAGCUCGUCGACUUUGCUGCUCGCUGUCGUCUAGACUACGCUGCUAGUCUUGUUGCUGAGUCUGCGUCUGUCUGUCCUCCGUCCGUCGGGGGUGAGUGUGCUCUUGGCACGGACGUCCUUGAGGACAGGCAGGAGGAGUUCCAGUGUCUGGCUGCUGCUUCACCUCAUCUCGCGUCCGUACUGCUUACCCCUGAGGGAGACCCGGAUGCACUAGACAUCCCGACUCCGCGCUCUUACGCGGAGGCCGUAGAGGGUCCCUACUCCUCUCAGUGGCGGGCAGCUAUGGAUGCAAAGAUGGCUUCCUGGAAGUCCACAGGCACCUACAUUGACGUGGUUCCCAUUUCUGGGGCGAACAUCAUCAGUGGCAUGUGGAUCUUCAGGGUGAAGCGGCCGCCGGGCUCUCCAUGUGUCUUCAAGGCACGGUACGUGGCUCGUGGCUUCAGUCAGCGGCAGGGAGUUGACUACUUUCAGACCUUCUCUCCCACCCCGAAGAUGAACACUCUUCGGGUGCUGCUAUACGUAGCCGCUCAGCGCGACUACGAGCUUCACUCUCUUGACUUCAACACAGCUUUCCUGCAGGGUAGCCUGCACGAGGAGAUCUGGUUGCGCCGUCCACCUGGCUUCACUGGGACUUUCCCUCCUGGCACCCAGUGGAGCCUCCGACAGCCAGUCUACGGUCUCCGCCAGGCACCACGCGAGUGGCACGACACACUGAGGACUACACUUGCGGCUCUUGGGUUUGCUCCCUCUACUGCUGACCCGUCACUGUUUCUGCGCACCGACACCUCUCUGCCGCCGUUCUACAUCCCCGUGUACGUCGACGACUUGGUCUUUGCCACAGCUGACACUGCUGGACUCGCCCACGUGAAGUCCGAGCUGCAGAAGAGACACACGUGCACAGACCUGGGUGAAUUGCGCAGCUACCUUGGCUUGCAGAUCACCCGGGACAGAGCACGCCGCACCAUUACCCUGACUCAGUCACACAUGGUGCAGCAGGUCCUUCAGCGCUUCGGCUUCACGUACUCCUCGCCUCAGGCCACUCCUCUGUCUACUCGCCACUCGCUCUCAGCGCUGCCUUCGGAUGAGUCCGUAGAGUCGAGUGGCCCGUACCCAGAGCUUGUUGGCUGCCUCAUGUACCUGAUGACCUGCACACGACCUGACCUUGCAUGCCCUCUUAGCAUUCUUGCACGCUAUGUUGCUCCUGGGAGACACCGACCAGAGCACAUGGCUGCAGCGAAGAGGGUGUUGCGCUACUUGUGCAGUACGUCGGGCAUGGGGCUAGUGCUUGGAGGGCGGAGUCCAGUGGUCCUCACUGGGCACGCGGACGCUUCUUGGGUAGACGACCAGGCUACGCAGCGGUCGUCACAGGGCUACACCUUCAGCCUUGGUUCCGGCUCUGUUUCGUGGCGGGCUACUCGCUCGUCUUCUGUUCUUGGCUCCAGUUGUGAGGCUGAGAUCUACGCAGGGGCCAUGGCUGCACAGGAGCUUCGCUGGCUUACCUACCUGCUGACUGACCUCGGAGAGCCGCCUCGUUCUCCUCCGAUGCUGUACGUAGACAACAAGGCCAUGCUAGCGUUGUGUCGGGAGCAGCGCCUGGAGCACAGAACGAAGCACAUUGCUCUCCGCUACUUUCUUGCUCGUGAGUUGCAGCAGCGUGGUCAGUUGCGGCUUGCCUACGUGGCCUCUUAG